AUGUUAAAUUCGACUAAAUCAAUACAAAAACUUUCUGACCGUAAUUACGAGGUCAAAAAAUUUGAAGACGAUGAAAUUACAUUGACUCCUCAUACUAAUACGCAAAAAUCUUUAAAUCAUCAACUUAUAGAUUCUGAAACUUCAACUAUAUCAUCUUCAUCUUCAUCUUCAUUUUCGUGUUCUUCUACCUAUAUUUCGGAAAACUCUAGUCUAAGAGAGAACUCCAAAUUAAAGAAUAAUAUAUCGAAACCUAUUACCAUCCCUUCACACAUACGUUUUGGAUCUUUUAUUCACAAGAAUGAGAUCCCUAGAAAGGUUUUUCACUCCUCAAUAGGAUUUUUAACUCUAUGGCUAUACGCAGUUGGAAUUCAGUUUUCACAAGUAACUCCCAUUCUUAUGGCUAUUUUGGUAAUUGUUUUAUCAUCUGAUUUGAUCCGUUUUCGAUGGCCUGCAUUUAAUGAAAUAUAUAUAUCGGUUUUGGGACCUUUGAUGAGACAAAAAGAAAUCAAUAGUUAUAAUGGUGUCAUAUUUUACCUUAUUGGACUUAUUUUUGUAUUCUCCUUCUUUCCUAAAGAUGUUUCAUUGAUUUCUCUCUUACUUUUAUCGUGGGCAGACACUGCAGCAUCUACUUUUGGGAGAGCAUAUGGUCAUCUUACUCCUAAAAUUGGAAAUGGAAAGUCACUUGCAGGUUCUUUAGCGGCAUUUGCUACAGGUGUUAUUUCUGCCGUGCUGCUUUAUAAAUACUUUAUUCCGAAGUAUAACUACAAUAAUUUACCUGGCGACAUUUUUUGGACACCCGAAACUUCAUUCAUUCCGUUCUCCUUGUUAGUCUUAAUUUGUGGAUUAAUUGGAGCAAUAUCUGAAGCUAUUGACAUCUACGAAAUUGAUGAUAACCUAACAAUUCCUGCGCUCUCAGCGAUAAUCCUUUAUUUCAUAUUAUAUUUCUCACAAAAGAAAUAA